GGCGCCAUCUUGCCAAAACGAGCUGUCAGAUUCGUCAUUUUUCGUGUUUCACUCGUAAAAAAUGUGGUAUUAUUCAGUAAUGUGCUAUUAAAAUGACUGUAAGACCUCUAAAAAUUGACUUAUAAGUUCGAAUUUGUGUGUCUUCAAAGAAAGUCGGUGAAAAACGUGUUAUACAAAGUUGCACUGUGUGAAAGCAUCAUGACAGCGACUGCAGCACCGAGUACGGCGAAAAGUAGCACGACGACGGUUGCAAAACCGCAGAAAAACUAUGGAAAGAUCGUGCUUACGUUAUACAACUGUCUGCUGCCGGAAUCGGCCUUCAAGGAGACGCCAUCACAAGCAGAUGGCCUCGACAUAGAAACCGAGACUGACCUUCGUAUCCUGGGAUGUGAAAUGAUUCAGACCGCCGGGAUCUUGCUGAGACUGCCCCAAGUUGCCAUGGCAACAGGCCAGAUAUAUCUCCAAAGGUUUUAUUACUCGAAAUCCUUUGUCAGAUACCCCAUGGAAACUAUGGCUAUGGGAAGUAUCUACUUAGCAUCUAAAGUCGAAGAAAAGCCAUGUAGGAUUAGAGAUGUGAUCAAUGUAUUCCAUCAUAUCAAGCAAGUGAGAGCCCAGAAGACAAUUAGCCCGUUGAUUGUGGACCAUAACUACAUCGAGCUAAAAAACCAAGUGAUAAAAGCGGAGAGGCGUAUUUUGAAGGAAUUAGGAUUCUGCGUUCACGUCAAACACCCGCACAAGCUUAUUGUAGUCUACUUACAAUUACUACAGUAUGAAAAGAACCGUCAACUCAUGCAAAUGGCUUGGAAUUACAUGAACGAUGCUCUCCGCACUGAUGUGUUUAUGAGGUUCCCUCCAGAGACGAUAGCUUGUGCUUGCAUUUACUUAACGGCACGGAAGAUUGGCCUGCCGCUGCCCAACAACCCCCAUUGGUUCUUGUUAUUCAGAGUAACAGAAGAAGAAAUCAGGGAAGUGUGUAUAAGAAUUUUGCAGCUGUACAAACGUGCUAAAGUUAACCCAGACGAGUUGGAGCAUAAAGUGGACAAUUUACGUAAAAUUUAUCAAGCGAACAAGCAUAUACAAAGUCAGAAAGAUCAGGAAAUUGCUAAAGCAAAUGAAAAGAAAGCUGAAUCACCAGCAGCAUCGACUUCAAAAGACACAAGACGUGAAUCUAAAAAGGAUAAGUCACCAAAGACACCGCCACUGUCUUCGAAAUACCAUACUAGUCAUAAGUCAAAGAAAGAUAGACGAUCCCGUUCACCAUACGAGAGGAAGCGUGACUACUCGAGUAAACGGCACAAGUCAAGAUCAAGGGAACGGGAGAUAGAGCGGCCUAGGGAUCGACGAUCUGAUGAUAAACGCAGUCGAGUGACGUCUAGGAAAUAUGAUGACUAUGACCGUGCUAAGUCAAGUAGGGACAGUAGAGACGAUAAGAGAAAGCACUAGUUCUGUAUUUUAUAAAUUAACAAUACUCUUGAUUAAUAAACAUACUUUAAAAUA